AUGGGCAAGCCUGCCACCACCACACCCCAUCGUAUUAUUCCAGUGCAAACCAAGGAAAAGUACUUGGAGGCCAGGGAAGAUGGACCCGUGCAGCACGGCCCCCUUCAGCUCAGCCGCCUCGCGACUGUUCUCGGAUUCUUGUACUUGGCCGUGACCGUGAGCUGCAGUGCAUGGUACCUCAAAAUCGUCGAGCCACACCUGGAUAACGACCUGUGGCUGCCGCAUUUCAAUUCGACGGGUAUGCAAACGUACUUGGGGGAUCUUAUCCACUUGCGGCGCAACUUGAACCAGGUCGGCACGUUUGAUGUGUCUCUCCCCGACUCAACGAUACUUCGGGCGUACGGCGAGGUGGACACGCUGCUCACGUUGCCGCCAUCCAACCCCCGACAGACACUGCUGGACAGCAUUCCGUUCGACGACGUUAUCACGACCAUCCGCAUGCAAUCACUGGAUACGUACUUGGCAUAUCGGAUUCCAUACUGCUGGGCGGACAUGAGUCGACGGUUUGAAAUGGCGCACACCGUCACCCGCCAAGCGCGCUGUGCCGCGGCGGACAAGGACAACGCGGCAGUGUACCUUGAGACAGUGCUGCGCAACACGGAAGUGCAGGCGAUUUUGGCUUGGCCGCUGUUUGAUCUCCUCAACGAGACAGUGCUCGUGCCCAUGACAGUGGUGGACGCGGUCGAAGGGCCGAAGUGGAUUGCGAGCAUUGUGCACGGCAGCCUUCUCCCCAUGGCCGACGAAGUCCGGUUCUGGGACCGCCAGGGGCUUCACCGGUUCACAUUGCAACUGCAGAAUACGUUUCCCCAACGAAUAGACGACGCUAUCUUGCUCGAGGAUGCGCUCGGGAUGCAGCAGCGCUUCACCAUCAGCUCCAUGUCCGUCACCUCCCCCGAACGUGGAGCCGGCACAACGUUUUGGACGUCUCUCAGUCUCUCGAGUGACUUGACUGUGGCCAGUGCGUUCGGGUGCAGCAUCGUGCGCGGCAGCCCCAACGACGCCGCCGCAUUGGGACUCAGUUGGGACACGGACUUGGUGUACGCACAGGCCGCCGGCUUCGUCGGCACGGAUCUCAUGCGGGCCAACGUGGGGCCGCUUGGGUCAAUUGACAUCCGAACGAUUCCUGUCCCCCCUGCCUUGACAGAGUACUUUUUGGCAUUUCGAGCAGGUCUGUACGACUACCUCCAACAAGACUCCAAUGCCCGGAAAGUGUACUUUCACCUCAGCGAGCCAGUGGUGAGCCCCGUGCCCGCCACGUGGGGCGGGUUGAGCUACUACGGGGGCAAUCCCAUGUGUGGGCUACAAAGUUCCGCCACUUUUGUCCAGCCUUCGUUUGGGAUAUCUGACGAUUGCGCCGAGCAGGUUCCGUACACACUGACAUUACGCCGCGAAAAUGUGUUCUUUGCAUUGAUCAGCAGUGGGCUGUCCAUCGACCAACUUGGUUUUGUGUGCAACCUCAGCUCGACUUCCUCGGACCAGUGUCUAGCCACGUUGUUCACUGCGUUGCCCUUGGUGACAGUGUGGAACCAAACCACUGCGUUUGGGAAUCAAUCCCCUCCUCCCAUCACUGCAAUGUCCAACUUGAACAUUUCGUUCAUGCAAUUCGCUUCAGCCAUCGAUGACACCACCAGUCAAAGCUUCCUCUUGCAACCCUUGGUCACCCCCAAUGACCUGUGGGCGUUCUACGGGUGGUUAGGAAUCCACGAAUGGCUGAGUGGACUCCGUGAAGUGUACAGCUUUGAAGGGGACAUUGCAACGCUGACUGUACUCACGGAGGCACAAGACGAGGUGUAUCUCGUGGCCAACGACUUGGAAAUACCUCGCAAAGGGUGCUUUUACAUUUGGGUCAUUACGAUUUACGUCACGUUCGUGCUGGUAUUGGUGGUGUCAUUGAUGAUCUGUUACGCGUUUUUCAUUGGGUUCCACGUCGAGUGGUGGAACCUCUUUCAAUGCAACUGGGUCAUCGGGUACGUUUGGAUUGGCCGACCGUUCCUGUUCCUUCGCGGCAUGACAGCCAUGCUUCUCCUCAGCUCGUCCACGGUGUCGUUUGCCAACAACCUUGGCUUUGCACGCAUCUCGUUUACCCCGAAACCGCUCAUUCAUACCAUGGUUUUGGCUGGCGAGUCGACGUGGCUCACAAUAGUUCUACAUGAUAUUUUGCUACCCUUCACCGACCAAGAACUGACUGUCUACGCCCCAUUGAGCACGGCGUUCAUAUGGGCCAUCAUGACUGUGAUCCAAGUCGUGUCGCCGCACGGGGCGACCCUAACCCUAGAUCGCACCUGUUCGUACGAAUUCGUGGGUUUGUCUGCGAGCUGCACGAGUGCGACCGUGCAAUUCGGGAGCGUCCGUCGUUUUGGUCUGCUGUUCAUCGUCCAUGUCGCUAGCAUUGCAUUGGCAUACUUGAUCGUCAAAGUGUUUUACAACGUCACAGGCCGACGCCGAGCCCAUGGGAACGUGGUCGCCCAUGUGCUCAUUCCCGGGGUCGCGCAGGCAUUCUUCAUCCAGUCCGGGAACGGCGAACUGUUCCUGGACCGCGUGGCAUGUGUCAUGUGUGGCAUGUUUUCGUACCGCGACACCAUCUUCCACGCGCCGAGUUGGAUUGUCCUGCACUUGCAUGCGCAUAACGGCAUCGGGUUCCUCUUUGACGUGGCCAAGUUUGUCAUGAAGCCGCUGACGGCGCCAGAAACAAUCAAGAAACACAAGUACAUUCGGAUUUUGGGCCUCGUGGGACUUGUGAAUAUGGGCAUGUCCGUGACCGGUAGCUGGGCGUACUUGGGUCAAGUCAAAGACAUCAUGUCCAACGACUUUUGGUGGGCGGGGUUCAAUACCACUGGACACCAAACGUACCUGUGCAACUGGUUCAAUCGCCAAUUGAACGAGCCCACGCUAGGACGAAGCGUGGAGCUUCAGAUGAACCAACUCGAAUAUGCCGAAGUCGGCACGGACAACCAUUACAACGCUACCGACACGGUCGUCUACGUGGCGCCUCUGUACGCGUCGGCGAUUCAAUUGGAAGUGAAUACCCUGUCGAACGUAAUUACUGGGCUACGGGCCAUGCAGGGCUGCGACGUGCCGUGGAUUGCUACCGCCUACUGUUACGUCGAUUUUGGUCGAAAGUGGGAAAUGGCCAACUCAGAGACCCGCCAGGCGCGAUGCCUCACGUCGGAACGUCAGAACGCCGCCGUGUACUUGGACGCGGUGCUGCGCAAUGCCGACUGGGCGUCGCUGACGUCGUGCUGGCAGGAUUCGUUGUCGACAGGGGUGUUUUCGUACUUGAACACUUUUCAGGAUGGCAAAACGUGGCUACAAACGCUACCGAGUGGCCUCGCCAUCCACGACGAACUCCAGUUCUGGCAAGCCAAUGGCAUCUCGGAGUACGUCACACAGUGGCAAAACUACAAACAGCUGGGGAUUGUCGAGACGUUUGACGUUCAGAAUGCGUUUGGGUUCACGUACCCCAUGACGAUCAAGCGGUCGCGGGGCUCGUUUCGAACUGAGCUGGGAGCGAGUUCGUUCAAGAUGUCGUGGGGGCUGGCCAGCGACUUGUGGGCCGUGGCGACCAACUUGACGUUGAUUGGGGGGCUACAUCUCGUCCGCCAAAGCCCGUCGUUUGCGUUUCGAAACGUCACCCCCGCCGCCCUCUUGCAGCAGAACUUGACGCUAGGGUCCCCCAUGAACCAAGGACUGUCCCUCGUUCAAGACACGUUGGGGCCGUUUGGCAACAUCGACAUGAAGCGUGUGACGUGUCCGACGUCGCUGCGUCAAGUGUACCAGAACCUGACCGAGUCGUUGGUAUUGCUGCUGAACGUGAACGCGUCGACAGUGUCCGACUACCAAUGGCUGCUCCAGAACAACGCAAAUCUCAUGAACAUCUUGGAGACGUACCAAGGGCUUUUUGUACACAAUUUAGCUCCGUUCUCGUUGCUCGCCCCGGAAUGGAACUCGACCGUAGCGCUUUGCGGGGGCAAACUCAUGUGUGGCUUUGACUCGUGCGGGGGACGCAUGGCACAGGACUUCUUUAGUGCCACAGAAGAGUGCGGCGCACCGUUGGUUUAUGACGAAGACGCGCCGUCCAAUGAAAACCUGCUCAAAGCGUUAAUCGCGUCGAACGUUUCGAACAUGCAAGUCGACGACACCAUGGCGUACUUGUGCGAUUGCAAUCAAGUCGAUCCGUUGGCAUGUGACAACUGCAAGGGCAUGCUAGCCAACAGCACGACGUUCCUAGCCACGUACUUCACGCCCACUAGUCUAGCCGCACUUCGAACCAUGGCGAUGGCGGUGGAAAUCGAAGUUCGAACCAAACUCAAACUUGAAAUGGUCCAGUUUUUCACGGACGCGGUGGACGGGGUGAUCGUCGAAGGAAACGUUGUCGAAUUGUCCCGGAUUCCGCUCAUGACAGAUCCAAAAUUGACGUUCACGACGUGGCUGUAUCUCUUCGAAUGGGUUGAAGGCCAACGGGAAGCGGUGACCUUUCAAGGCGAUACGGACGCCCUCACGACGCUAUCCAACCCGCUCGUGAUCCAGCGCGACCCAGCCAACCCGCGUGAACUCCCCCUCAGCUUUUCCUACUAUGCGUACCGGCUCAGCCAGUACAUCACGGGGGUAUUGUUCAUGGUAGCCAUCGUCGUGUGCCUGUACAUCAUCACCAACAAGGGGGAUGUCGAGUAUGGUAACAUUGGCACGUUCAACAUGGUCGCGGGGCUGGUGUGGGUCGGGCGGCCGAUGAUCUUGCUGCGCGCCUUUUCUGCUAUUUCAGUGCUGGCCACCGCCAACAUGGAGCUAACGCGUUCGCCAGUGCUCACUCGCAUCUACGCUGAUACGUAUCCGUGGUUCACAACCUUCUUGUCGACGGGGGAAGUGAGCUGGCUAGUGUUUGUCAUUGACGACGUCGCGUCUGUCAUUAUGAAGGAGCACACGGCCGAAUGCAAGAUCAAAAACAAAGUGAUGAAACUCCUGGCGGGCCAACUCUUAGCCAACAGCGGCCAGUUGUCGUGGGUGAGCUCGGGCUUGUGGAGUGCGCUAACUCCGGUGCAUCACAUCGCCCGCGUGGGUCGCAUUUGCACGCUCAUAUCGGUGGACAUGGACGUCGAGUGCUCCAGCGGAUUGUUUGAAUACGGGAUUCCUUCCCGCUUCUACGGCAUCGUGCUGGUGACGUUCGCCGGAUGCUGCUUUGCCUACUUGUUCAAAUGGCGGUAUUAUGUACACCAUGACGGUCCGCACAAGGCCAGUUCGUUCUUUUUGCCCGCGGUCGCCAAGUACAAUUUCAAUUUUCGCAAAUGGGAAGUCAACGACACUUUGUAUUUGGACAAGCCGUCCGCGGUCCUCUCGGGCAUCCUCAUCUUUGAAUACCACGACAUCUUGUACGUGUUUGACGUCAAGAUUUGGCGGCGGUAUUCGAUCGACGUGUCGGCGUCGCGGCAAUCCAUGAAGGGCCACACCCACCUCCAGCAUUUCUACCACGCUCUGCCCCUGGUGGAAUGA